AUGCGGGAACAUCAGUUCGAGUACAAGACGUGGACCGAACUGAACAACUAUUCGAAACAAUGGAAAAAUGAGGUGAUUUUGCGGAGAAAACUCGAGAAAAACGGAAAUUUGUUGCAGCUGCGCACUCUACUGACACAGAAUUUCACAAAGAUCGGUCUGAUGAGACCGCAGCCGGAUCGACUUAGCUUGUUCGUUUUUUUAAUACGGAAAAACGACGGGGAAAAAACAUGAAAUUGCAGAUUCGCGAUAACGAACGCGCCGGGCGGGUCGACACAAACACUGUACACGGUGAAGAUUCCGCUGGAGUUGACGGCGAAGGCGACGGAAAACUCGGCCACUCUGGAAUUGCCGCUCAGGACCGCAUUCCGCACCGACCCCUUCAAUCGGUACUCUUGUGAAUUGAAAAAAGCUAUUUAUCGAAAGCAAUUGUUUUUGUUUACUGUUUCAAGAAAAAUAGAAACUGGAAACCCUGUCACGUUCCGUUGAUACAUCGCUACCAAUUUCGAACGAUUUUUUUGUUGUUGAAAAAUUCGCGGAGAAGACGGUUUUCAAAGAUUUUCAAAGACUGUCCAUUUUGGCAAAUUUUCUCUUUCUCGCAACUGUUUUUCAAAAAAUAUUGAAAAAGCGGCUUCAAAAUUGAUUCAAAGUCAACUUUUUUGCAGAUACUCGACGCCGUCGCCCGAAUUCUCGUUGUUAUGCGAACGGCAGCGGGCGCAAGUGGUGACGGGAGUGUCGGAUUACGAGAUGAAGAAUGGACAGAUCGUGCUUCUGGCCGGAGAUCAGAUAUUCCGGUACGCUCCCAUUUGAGACGGUUGUUCAAGUGCAGGGCUGGGCAAAAGGCCGGCCCAGGCUUUAGAAGGCUUUGAGGCCUGUACUUUUGACCCACUUGCAAUGAUUCUAUCGGGCUCAAACUUGAACCCAACAUACUUCAGUCCAAGUCCAAGAAGCCUGCAAAGUUUGGGCCCGAUCGAAUCAUUGCAAGUGGGUCAAAAGUACAGGCCUCACUUGAGGCCUGGGCCGGCCUUUUGCGUAGCCCUGUAAGAAUGCCAAGAAAAGAGUGAUUGCAGUUACGACCCGAUCAACGAGAUUGUGCACGCGAUCCGGGUGGGCGAGCCGGUGCGGCAGCCGUCGGAACCGAUGGACGUGAGCGAGGGGAAGGGCGGUGCGAAGGGCUGCUCGGCCGAGCACACGCCUUCCCCCGCGGCCGCCACCGCGCCGCUCUCCACCGACUCCAAGGACCCGCCGCCCGUCGAAUUCACCGGAAACUUUGUGUCCUCCGCCAAAAUCUGCCCCUCGGACAGCUCGUUUUUGGCCUAUGUUCUCAACAAACAGGUACACUUGUUUACAGUUUCAAAAUUGUUUUUUUGUUGGAAAAUUUGGUUGAAUAAUGUUGUUGCUGCAAACAAAUUCAAGCGACGCGGAUCGAUGUUUUCGGGCAAAAGAGAACCACGUUGUUUUUGCGACGUUCUCGUUACAAAACAACCUUUUUUCCCUCUUUUACAUCGCAUUUGUGUAAUCCCCAAGGAAAACGUUGAAAUUGUAGGUGUACGUGGAGCGCGACGGUCGGAUCAUCUACCGGACGAGUUCGAAUUCGAAGCACAUCACAAACGGAGUGCCGUCGUACAUUGUGCAGGAGGAACUCGAGCGGUUCGAGGGAAUCUGGUGGAGCGAGUCGCGGCGCCGUCUCCUCUAUGAGCACGUGAACGAGGAGGGCGUCGAGAGUGCGCAGUUCGGCGUGAACGGAGAACGGCCGACGCAGCCGAUGAAGUACCCGCAGGUGGGCUCGCCGAACGCCAUCAGCACCCUCAGGAUGAUUGUGAUCGAGGGCGACACUGUGUGGGACGUGCCCGUCAAGGAGGACGUCAUUUUCGACAACGCACCCUACUUUGAGUACAUUGUGCGCGCCGGAUUCUUCUCCGACGGAGAGACGUAAGACAUGGAUCUUUUCUUUUGUAAAGAUUCGAACAAGGCGAUUCUUUAUCCCAAUCAAUUUGGACAAUUCUGGAAACGCCUGAUUUUUCGCUAGUUUUGCCAAUCGUGAAAUACUGUUACAACAUUUUUUUGAGAUGUUCAAAUAUUAGCCGGUUAUGAUUCCGUUGAACUUUACUAUAGGGGCACCGGACAGAAAGGGCACGCACGCUGUCCGCAACCUGGCCGAAUUUCUAGGCCGCGAAGUAAGGAGUUUCUCAACAGAGCGCCAUUUCUGUGCGGUGCCCCUAUAAUAUCAAAAAAGUAAUACUUAUUCCAUAUUUGCAGUGUGUGGGUGCAGGUGAUGUCGCGCAAUCAGUCGGAAUGCUCUCUUCUGCUCAUUCCGAUGUCCGACUUUGAUUUGCCGCCGGAACUGGGCGGAAGGGCGCCGCCAGUCGGUUUGUUUUCCCCCCAAAUUGCGCCCUUUUUCAAUGAGUUUUUUUUUUCAAGUUCAAGACGGCAUCCAAUUGAGUACCGAUUUGAAUAUGGGCACGUGGAACGAGAACUCGCACGAGGAGACGAUGGAGAAGUGAGCCGCCUCUUGAAGCUUCCAAAAAACUUUAAUGUUUUGCAGACCGCCACGUGGAAAACUGUGCGAAACGGUGGUGAUCCACCGGGCUCGCAGUGAUUAUUGGAUUAAUGUGAGCACUUUUUCGAAAUUUUUAUGUUAUUAUAUUUUCCGAAUUUCCAGAGUCAUAACGCCAUUUAUCCGUUGAAAAUCGAAGAUGAAGAGCAGCCGCUCUACGAAUUCAUUUAUUGCCUUGAGCAGCCGAACGGAAGCUGUCUGGCGCUUAUUUCGGCCGAAUUGGACCAGACGUAACGCUCUAUUAUCAGUUUGCCGCGAAUUUCAAAGUUGAUUUUGCAGUGGCUAUUGUCGUCACACGGAAGAACGUCUUCUGAUGGCUCCGAACACGUCGAUUAAUAAAACGAUUGGAAUUGUGGUGGACGAGAGUCGGCAGCUCGUCUUUUACGUGGCAAACGAGAGCCAUCCGUGCGAGUGGAACAUGUACAUUUUUUGCCAUUUUUCUUCAUGAUUUUUACUCGAAAAUUACCUUAUUUUCGACAAGAAUUUGAUUAGAAAGCAAAGCAAUAGCUCAUAUAACGCUUUUUCUUUUCGCAGAUGCGUCUCGCACUACCGAUCGGGCGCCUACUCCAUUCUCACAGAGGCCGGCAUCUCGUACAAGUAAGCUUGCGAUUAUUGAACACUUUUUAACACUAAAAAAAGUGCGCAUGAAUCGAUUCAGACGUUUGUUUUCAAAGUUAUAAGCAUUUGCUGAAACUUUAUUUUUUUGCUUACACGAUUCAUUGUUUUCCUUUCGGGUUUCAAAAGAUUUCAGAAAUGAGUGGUGUGUGGCCUUUUUCAGAUGAAAAUUCAAAAUGCUCGAAGAAUUUCCGUUGCAUACAUACAAUGCAGUAUUUAUUAUUAUUAUUAUUCAAGUUCAGAAAAGGGCAGUACAUUAUUUGACAGAAUGCGAAAAUUCAUAAUUCUAUUGUGAAACUGAAAAUCCAGUGAAUAACGGACGAAAAGUUCUUGCAGAGCGGAAAGAGCGCAUCCGAAGCUGGCGCUCGACGUGGACCACGGAUUCGUGUGCUGGAUGAACUCGUGCGGGAGUCCGCCGCAAUGCCGAUUCUAUUCGUUCCGCUGGACCGACGGACAACCCCUCCCCACCGCCGUUUUCUGUGCAAAUGUACGUGUUUUACGAAGAGAUUUUUGAGCUUUUUUCAAAAAAUUUGUGAACAUUUUCGCGCACCGCGACUCGUUUGAUAAUCCUCUAGUUUACGAAAAAAAAACAGUAUGAAACAAGUUAAUUUCAUUUCAAUGGUUUUGCAGGUGGUCAUUUCGGGACUUCCGGCGCCAAAACGGCCGAAUAUCGAUGUUCCGGAGAUGAUAGAAUACACUUCCAGGCACGUUUUCCCCCCUCUUUUUGUUUUUCAUAAAAUUAUCUUUUGUUUUGCAGAAAAACGGGACUCGUGCACUACGGAAUGGUGAUUCGUCCAGAUGAUUUCGAUCCGUGCCGGAAGUAUCCCGUGUUUCAUUACGUGUACGGAGGACCCGGAAUACAGAUAGUCCACAACGACUUCUCGUACGUUUUUUUUAUCAUUGCUUAACUGAAAAACGGGACAGAAAGUUCGGAACAAUAUCUUGAAAUAUGAGAUCUCGGAAACGUAAAAUGUGACGGAUUCAGAUGGGUGCAAUGGAAGCGCUUCGCCGCCCUCGGCUACGUGGUCGUCAUGAUCGACAAUCGGGGAACGGCGAAUCGCGGCAUCGAGUUCGAGCGACACAUUCACAGACGGAUGGGAACGGUCGAGGUGGAGGACCAGGUGGAGGGACUGCAGAUGAUUGCCGAGAAGGCGCCCUUCAUGGACAUGAACAGAGUGAUCGUGCACGGAUGGAGUUACGGCGGCUACAUGGCACUACUCCUCCUCGCACACCAUCCCAAGGUACCAUUUUGGGGCAUUUUGAAACUUUUUUAAAGAAAGAAUUUGCAUAUAUAUAUAUAUAUAUAGAUUGAAAAACCAAUGUACUACUUUCUAUGACAUAGGGCAUCGACUGUAUAUGAUAUCUCAGCUACCUGUAAAGAUAUCAAAAAGUUGUCAAAUGUGCACAAUGCUUUAAUGAGCAUUUUAGUAGUUGACAUCUUUUCGAUACCUCCCCCGGCAGAUGAGAUACGUCGCUUUGAAUGAACAGUAUUGGGCUACCCUUCAAUUUUCUUUCAUUUAACGACUUCUAAUGGUUCCACCGAAUUUGAACCUUUUUUGUGCAACUGCAUGUUAUUGGAAUUUGUGCUAUAAGUUAUCGUUGUCUGAAUAGCUUGUGAAAUACUUGUGGUUUUGUUGAAACUGAAAUUUUUUCGUAGGAAAUUCCACAUCUCAAACUAUUUCUCUGGUAUUUGUGUAUUGUUUUUAACUUGCAGAUCUACCGCGCGGCGAUGGCGGGCGGCGCGGUCUCGGACUGGCGACUGUACGACACGGCCUACACGGAGAGGUAUCUGGGCUUUCCGGUCAUCGACCACGUGUACCACGCGGCGUCGGUGAUGCGCCACGUGGACAAACUGCCCGACGAGCCGAACCGUCUCUUCCUGAUCCACGGCCUCCUGGACGAGAACGUGCACUUUGCGCACACGACCAAACUCAUCGAGAAACUGAACACACAGCACAAGCCCUACGAGUUGUUGGUACGUCCUUAUUCAGCUGUUUGAGGAUAAGCUUUAUUCCAAAUCAAGUAUACUCAAAAUUGAAUUUGAGGUGUUCCCGCACGAGCGUCACGGCAUCCGCACCAACGACAAUUCGAUCGUUCUGGACACGCGGAUGAUGUACUUUGCGCAGAGAGCAGUGAUGGAAGCGCCGCCCGCGGAGCCCGUCUCCAACUCGGUCUCCUCGAUGACCGACGCCUUGUGA